AUGCUCCAGGGUGGCCGGCAAGAGCAUUGCAACGCUCUAGGGUGGCCAGCAAGAACAUUGCAACGCUCCUGGGUGUCCGGCAAGAGCAUUACGACGCUCCUGGGUGGUCGGCAAGAGCAUUGCAACGCUCUAGGGUGGUCGGCAAGAGCAUUGCAGCGCUCCAAGGUGUCCGGCAAGAGCAUUGCAACGCUCCAGGGUGUCACGCAGGAGCACUGGAACGCUCCGGGGAGCAUUGCUACGCUCCGGGCAAGAGCAUCGCAACGCUCCAAGGUGUCCGGCAAAAGCAUUGCAACGCUCCGAGGUGUCCGGCAAGUGCACUACAACGCUCCGGGGGUGUCGGCAAGAGCAGUGCAACGCUCGGAGGUGUCCGGCAAGCACGUUGCAACGAUCCGGGGUGUCGGCAAGAGCAUUGCAACGCUCCAAGGUGGUCAACAAGAGCUUUCCAUCGCCCCGGGGUGUCCGGCAAGCAAUUUGCAACGAUCCAGGGUGUCUGGCAAGAACAUUGCAACGCUCCAAG